GCCUCAGCAAAUGGGCACCUGCUGCCGUUUCUGUAUUCCCCCAGGUGUCCAGCGAAUGAAAUUAAAGCCCAGCCUUCCUGAGGGCUCGCAGCCAAUAGAAAGGCUUGUUUGGCGCCCAGCUGAGUGGCAAGCUGCCCUAGCCAAUAGUUAGUUGGAUAUCUCGGAGAAUGAUAGAUGUCUUAGCCAAUAGACGCUGGCCGGCGGGAGGCUCCCCCAGCUGGCUACAUCUCUGCUCCUGGCUCGGCUUGGCAAAGCCCCAAGUAGAGAGCGGAUGAGGAGGGCGCGAGCCACUUGAGCGGCAGGCCGCGCAGCCAGUAGGGCUGCCCAGCGAGCGGAACGCCUCCGACGAGGAACGAGUUCGGCGAAGGCGGAACGUCGCCUUUGACUGAUAGCCUCUUUCGCCCAAUGGCGGGCGGGGAGACCGGGAGCCUUCCUUGACCGACGUCCCGUUCGCCCAAUGGAGCGCCAGGCAGCCGGGAGGUCAUCCUCAGAGCGGCAAGCGGCCUCGCCAAUGAGGGGACCCGGGGCCGGGCCGGAGCGGAGAAGCAGGAAGCGGCCGAGGAGGCGGAGGCCGCCCCGCAGUCGGGAGAGGGGCCUGGCGGGGAGCCUGAGGAGCCGCUGGGCGAGCUGCCCCUCUCCGAGACGGACACGACGCCGGGCCGCUCCAGGGAGCCGGAGCCGAGCAGGUAGGCCCGAAAGGCCUUCCCCUUUAAGGGGGUGGGGCCUCGCCAGGCCCCGCCCACCAGGCCUCGAUGAAAGGGGUGGGGGCGCGGAGGGAGAUUCAUGGGGGGCACCUCAAAAUGGGGGGGCUUCUGCAUUGAGGGUUGUCGUGGAGGAGUAAUGGGGAGGAGGGUCUGGGAGGGGAGGGAGGAGUAUCUCAGCAUAAAUGGAUUGGGGGGGGUCCUCAAAAUCUGGGGGUGGGGGGCAAGGGGUCCCCCCAACCAAGGUUGCUUCUCUGGGGGUUGCAAGUGGGGGGAGAUACAGGACAGGCUGGUGGUUUUCAUCCCUCAGUGGAUAUUAGCUGAAAUAAACUGGGGGGGUUCUGGUAUUUGGGGGGGCAUUUCAGUCCUGCUUUGAGGGGGUAGGAAAUUGGGUGUGUGUAGGGGGGUUCCUCCUCCCUCCUGCAAAAUAUAGAGGAGAAGAGCAACCCCCCAAUAUGGGGUGUUUUUUGGGGGGGCUGAAGACUUAAAAUGUGGGAAGGGGUGACCCCCCCAACAAAGCCCUCUGGGGAGGACAGAAGACAGAAUAACAUGGUGGUUCGCCUCCUUCAGUGCAUCUCGGUGCAAAUAGAUCCUGGGGGGGAUAGGAGACCUCAAAAUGGAGUGGGGCUGGUCCACUUCGGUCCUGUUUUGGAAGAGGAGGAAGUGGGGAGGAGGGUGGUGUUUUCUUCUCUUUGCUACUCACGAAAACAAACUUGGGGUGGAAGGGUCCGUUUCAAUUUUGCUUUGAGAGGUCAAGCGGAUUUUGGGGAGGGGAGGAGGAAGAUGGGUGCUGUUCCCCCACCCCACCCCAAUUCCAAAAAUCCAUGUAUUUCCACAGAAAACUGGAACUGCAAGGAGUGGGGAGGGGCUCAGACUGGAGGAGAUGGGGGCAUCUGAGUUCUGCUUUGAGAGGAAAGGAAGAUGGGGUGCUCCCUCCUGAAAAACCUGGGGGGUGGGAGAGAUCUCUAAAUGAGAUGGUGGGGCUGUGCAUGAAAAUGAUAUUGAGAGCAGCGUGGGGAGAUUGGUGCUCCCCUUCACACUGGCGAGGUGAAAUCUAAAAAAUCAGGGGGAGAAGGGAGUCCAUCUCAAUCCUCCUUUAAGAAGGCAGGGACAAUAUGAGGUUUUGGGGAGGGAUGCUGCUUCUUCCCCCCCCCCUCCAAAAAUGCAUAUAGAGCAGGCAUGUCCAAAGUUCGUGUUGGGGGCUUAAUCUGGCCCACCAGUCAGUUUAAUCUGGCCCCUGUGACAGUUUAUUUCCUGGGGUAAAAUCUCAACAACUUCAACACUAAAAAAAGCUCAACAACUUUGGUCGGCCCUCACGGCCCUUCACUUCAUCAAAUCUGGCCCUCUUUGAAAAAAGUUUGGACACCACUGAUAUAGAGUAUCUCAACAUAAAAAUGAGAUGGGGGUUGCGGGGGGCAAAAUAGGGAGAAGGAUGCAGCUCAGUCCUGAUUCGAAGGCGUAGUAAAGGAAUAUGGAGGGGGGACCUGGGUUUUCUCUCUCCCUGUAUGUAUUAAAGAAAUUGGGGGUGUGUGUGCAUAGGUUAGUGAUAGACCACACGCUUUGCAUGCAGAAGGUCCCAGGAUAAAUAAACAUUUUAGGGGAGCAGAGUAGACUUGAGAGAGGAAUGCCAGAUUUUAACUCCUUUAAAUAAGUUUAACUGUUUUAUUCCUUCUCUUCAACCCUUCCCUCCACAGCAAAAGUAGAAAAAAAACAACCCUGGGAGAGUAAAAGGGGGUGGAGAGCAACUUCCAGAUCCCUUCUCUUCUCUGCCCCCCCCCAAAAAAAAUCACAAGGAAAAUUUUAAUAUUACCACACACAAAUAUAUAUAAAACAUAUAGUUUAUUGAGAGGAGUGAACAACUUCAUUCUCUCAAGAUUGGGGGUUGGGUGAAAGUCAAGCAUUUCCUCCCAAGAUACACAACAGUUGUGAUGGGGUGUUUUUUGUUUUUUUGAGGGGGUGAGAGUUCCUUCUCCCAGGAUUUCGUGGAGGUAGAAGAGAAGAAAUCUCAAGAGGUUUGCCAUCACCCCUUAUUUAAUUGUGUAUCUCGCCACCGGCCAAUUGAUACCUGAAACCUGAAAAAUAAAUCAACUCCUCGUGUAAAUAAAUAUCGGGUUGUUGUUGUUUGCCUCUUUGCGGAUAGUUUGUGUUUACAGGCUGUUGAGUACGCAGAACCCUCCCCCUCCCUUCCAAACUGAAAAUAAAUCCUGGGGGAAAUACAGGAAAAUCUUCCCUAAAUUGUGGUUUUGCGCUAUGUCAGGGUCUGGGGGACCCGUGGCGCUCCAGGUGUUGUCAGUUUCCCCCAAAUCCCAACAGCUAGUAGUCUGGCUAUUUCAGCAACAUGUGGUGGACUGGAUAUCUUCUCAAACUUCCCACUAGGUCUCUGAAAUUGAUGCCAAUUUGGCCAUCAAUGUUUUGGAGUUGCGUUGGACACCAUUAAUUCUGUGUCCCAAAUUCCCAGCGGGUUCGCGUAUGCUUUAAAUGGGUGCCGGUAAUUUCUGCGAACCGGCAUUCCUGAUCGGAGCAUGGGUGCUGACAUUCAGGAAUUGAAAUGCAAACCCAACAGCAAUGAAAAUGGCAGGGUGGAGGGGGCUGGGAACCAAGAACCCAAAAGAUAGCAUGUCAGGAAGAAAGCAAGGCUCCUCCUUGAGAUGCUAACUUUCUGCUUUCAGGGAAUUUUUGCUAUGUGACUUUCCAUCAGCAUCUUGAAAUUGUACAGUCAAGCAAGGCCAGGCGUUGUCACGUGGUUCUCCUUGUUUUGUAUCCUGGCCUUGUUUGUUGCGUUGGCCCCGAGAGCAGAUGCUAGCCAAAUAACAUGGAUUUUUAAAGCUUCACAGGUUCCCUUGUCUGUCUGCCCACUAUGCUAAUGUUGAGACCCUUGAAACGCAAUAGCAAGCCUGCCAAAAAUUUUUUCUUCUGUAUUCUCUUUAAAAAUGCUCUUUUCCUGGCCUUCCUUUCCUUCCCCACUUGGGUGUCUCCGUGGAAGUUAGCAGAUGGUCGAGGCUUAAGUCUCUUAAAGACAACUGGAAUUUAAUCGCGUGCCAGACUUCAGCUGAAGGCCACAGCAGACGGGUUUUUAAUCUGAAAUAUUAAAACGGUUCAGGUUGGGGGUGCAGGGGCAAAGGAGGGAAUGGAAAAGGUGGGGUCUAGAUUGAACCACCAGGAUACAGAUUUUGAGCCCCGGGCAGCAGAGUGCAAGACUGGGUUGUGUUGAUUUGGGAGCUGUCUGAUCUCAGCUGCCUCUUCCAUCUCCCUUAGAGGUGUGGGGUUUGGUGGUUGGAAAUAGGGGGUGGGGGUCUGCUUGCCCCAACAGCAUCAUAUUCGGACCUCCUGAUCCCUUUGAUCAAUAUCUGAGGGGAGUCACUGUUUGUGGUCCCCAUUACUUGCAUUCAGGAGCCAUGCAUUCAGCGCAGUGAUUUUGUGGAACUCCCUUUAGACAGGCCCUCCUCUACCCGGUGAACCUCCGGCACUAACAUAAGACUUUUAAAAAUUGUGGCAGGCUUUUUAAUCGAACUCUGGUUUUUAUAGUUUUAACUUGUUUUGGCUUCAUUGCCAUGAGCUUCCUGGAGACGACUGUAUUCAAGCAGGAUAUAAUUUGUCGAAAUGAAUAAUAAACCAUUGUCUAAAUCAGGGUCCAUCUACCUUGUCGGACUACAACUCCCAUCAUGUCUUUGCCGCAUAGUCAGGGAUGAUGGGAAUGGUAGUCCCAACAACAUCUGGGGACCACAGUUGAAGAUCACUGAUCUGAAUAAUCUCCAAGUGCCCUUCUGCCCACCUUGGCUGCCUUCUGUACCGGGGGGCGGGGACUGCUUUUGUGCCCCUCCACUGGAUGUUGUUGGGACUCCCAAAUCCCAUUAGCCCCAUCAACCAGUAUCUCCAGGGUGAAGGAAGUCCUGCCUGGAGAUGCCACUGGGAUUGAACUCAUAUUCUACAUGCAAGGUGGUCGCUCUCCCACAAGGCUUCUCCUGAAGAUGAAGUAAGAUUCUAGUCCUCAGGGUUGUGAAUGAAUGGCUGGCUUUCAAUUGUACUGUAGGAAGUUGCCUUACUGCAGAAGCAGACCUUUAGUCCUUCUAGCUCAUGCUGCCUACACUGGCUGGCAGUGCCUCUCUAGGGUUUCUGGUAUGGAUCUUGCCCAACAAUGCCAGGGCUUGAACGUGGGACAUUUUACCUGAGCUGAGGCCUUCAUCUCAGGAGCUCGGCCUCAAAUGCCCAGGAGCAGAUAUGGGCACCCCAGGUUGUCUCCUGAGUUUCAGUGAUCUUCAAAACAGCCUCCUCCCCUCCGAAUACUCCUCUCCACUCCCAAAAUGCCAAGGGAGAGACUAAGAAGACAGGAUGAACUCCUAACAGGUUUUGUAGCUCUUUCCAGCCGAUCCCUGUGCGCUGCAAAGCUCUUGCAGAAUGGCUUUCCCCGCCUCUGACUCUGCCCCUUUUUGCAGCCAGGGCUGAGGUUGCCACAGCGGCCUCCUUGCCAGGCCUCCGUCCCAGGCCUUGUUUGUUGUUUUUUGUCCAUUCCCCAAGCCUCGCCUGGCGUGUUGCGUCUUGCUUUGCGAGCUGAGAUGAAAAAAGCUGGGCUCGUCCGUCCAUCGCUGCCUCCCGGGCCGGGCGAUCGGUGUUGGUUGUUUGUUUAAAUCCUUUAAAAAAGAGAGAGAAAGAGAGAGAGAGAGAAAUCUAUUUCCAUCGUUGGCACGUUUACCCUUCCCUCUGGAGUAAGCUUGGUGGUAGUGUACCUGCUUGGAUUGCAGAAGGACUCUGGCUCAGUCCCCAAAGGCGUCUCCAGGCUGGGCUGGAAGAGACUCCCUGUUUGAAAUCCUGGGGACGCACUGCCAGUCAGUGUAGACUAUACUGGGCUAGGUCUGACUCAGUAAAAGGCAGCUUCAUGUGUCCCUGUUUAAACCAGUCCUUUGUUCAGAACCACGAGGACUGGAAGCUUACUGGAAUCUUUGGGGAAGGACUGUAGCACAGUGAUGGAGCAUUGUUGCCUUUGCUUGCAGACGUUUCAGUCCCCGAAGGCAUUUCCAAGGAGGGCUGGGGAGAGACUUCCUGCCUGAAACCCUCGAGCUGCUGCCAGUCAGUGUAGACACCACUGAGCUAGAUGGACCAAUGGUCUGACGUGGUCUAAGGCAGCUGCCUGUGUGGUUUUAUUGCACACAUGUAGGUAAAGGUAAAGGGACCCCUGACCAUUAGGUCCAGUCGUGGCCGACUCUGGGGUUGCAGUGCUCAUCUCGCUUUAUUAGCCAAGGGAGCCGGUGUACAGCUUCCGGGUCAUGUGGCCAGCAUGACUAAGCCGCUUCUGGAGAACCAGAGCAGCGCACGGAAAUGCCGUUUACCUUCCCGCUGGAGCGGUACCUAUUUAUCUACUUGCACUUUGACGUGCUGUCGAACUGCUAGGUUGGCAGGAGCAGGGACCGAGCAAUGGGAGCUCACCCCGUCGCGGGGGUUCGAACCACCGACCUUCUGAUCGGCAAGCCCUAGGCUCUGUGGUUUAACCCGCGUCCCGCACACGUGUAACUUGAGUGCAAACAACUGCAGCAACAGCAACAACAAAAGGGCAUUAGGUCUCUGUCCAUAAGGAGCUUACAGUCAGAAUGAGCAAGGGGGGAUUUUUAUUGGCCUCAUAUAGGGGGUGAAGGAGGGAGGAAAUUGGAGUCUCUGGGGAACCACCGUGGUCUGCCAUUCUCCUGUGCCUUGGGCCAGCUGCUACAUAACCUCCAUGCUCAGCACCAGAGCCCCACUGCGCACACGUGCCCCACGGGAGUUGGGGCCCAUGCUGUGCAGCUGUUCCUAGCAGGUGGGGUGGGAAGCAACAGGCAGUGGAGGGUAGGCCACACAAAGCCUUCCCUUUCCCCAACUAACUCAAAAGGCCGAAAGGAAGCCUUAUUAGAAGCUGCCUUCUGGAUAUAUAUUGCAUUCUCUGCAUUAGCGUAAGCCCCCCACUUUCAUUCAGGAGAAGAAUGAAAGCUAAUUUGCGAUGACAAUGCUUCCUUUUGGGUGGGUAGUUGUCCCGCAUUUAACCCAACAAUGCCUGUAUUUAAACCUAAAAUCUUUAAGAGGAGGUCCGGCUAUCGGAGGCGAUGGCUUGGAAGAAUACCCCUUUCCUUUCACAGCCCCUGAUUUUUUAGAUGCUGAUUUUCCUUGAUAGGUCUUUAGAUAUCCUGCUGGAAUCUCAAAUGGCUGGGCCUGGUGGGUUCUUUUCUGCAUUAACCCCCACCCCAAGGUAGCUUCUGAAAAGGGAGGUGGCUAGGUUUGUUUCUCUGAGUGAUUUUCUCUCUCACACACAUACACACACACACCACAUGUGUGCACACACUCUUAACAUUACUUUAAUUUCCUUUCUUUAUUGUUGUUGGGACAAUAACCUGUGUCAGUUGCUUGCUAUUAAUCUGAACUUGUUCUGAUUUUGCAGUGUGCUCAGAACAUCCAAAUAGUGCAUGUAUUUGUGUGUGCAUGAAAAGGUCACUGUGAAUGAUUGCAGCCUUUCUCAACCAUUGGGUCCCCAGAUGUUGUUGAACUACAACUCCCAUCACCCCUAGCUAGCAAGACCAGGGCUCAGGGAUGAUGGGAGUUGUAGUCCAACAACAUCUGGGGACCCACAGGUUGAGAACCACUGGAUUACAGGAUUGCUCAGCCUUCCAAGGCAACUGGAAGAAUUAGCUAGCCCUGGCGCCCUCCAGAUGUCUUGAACUACAACUCCCACCAGCCCCCUGCUGCCUGGGGCUGAUGGGAGUUUUCGCCCCUAACAUAGAGGCCCAGUGUGUGGUGUAAUGGCUAGAGACUAGGGAACUGGGAGAGUCCAGGGUUCAAAUCCCCACUUGGCCACAAAACUCACUGUGUGUAGCCUUGGACCAGUCAUUAACUCUCAGCCCAACCUACCUCACAGGGUAGUUGUGGCGAUCACUCGUGAUCGAGUCAGAUUGUCUUACAUGAACACAGUUUUAGCCGUGUGUCCAUAAGUGACUGUGGAGGCUAAUUCUGGAUCCACACGUCCUUCCACAGUGAGGACAUAGGUUUCCGGGCUGGAGUUGAUCACAGUGAGGGUUUGCCAAAUGUGCCUUUGUCUCAGCUCGUUUCACCCUUACGUCCUGAGUUCAUGCUUCUUCAAAGUCCAUGACACCUAGGAUCGAUCACAGCUGUGUGAUCUUGUACUAAUUGCAGGAUAAACAUAUUUUUUAAAAAUAGAUUAAGUUCUGCAGUGGGAAUCAGGCCCCCUCCAGCUGUUUAAUGAUGAGUUAGCCUGGCUUUUUAAUUUGCUGAAUGAUAACAGCGAGGUUUGAAGAGACAUUAGUCUACUCCAGUGCCUGGACUAGAGGUGCUUCCUGGAGAUAUUGAAGGAACUGUAAAGGGGUUUUGAAACUGGGAUAAAAGCCACCAACCCUUGUUAAAAGAGAAGAUGGCUGCUUUCAUUCCCUUUUGCAGUAAUGCACCAGAUAGUUUGGAACAGCUGCUCUGAGCUCAGGCUUCCAAGGUUAAAAAUAAUGAGAAUAAAAGGUUUCUUUGGCUAUGUUAGAAGCAAGAGGAACAAGCAAGCGGUAGGUCCUCUGCAUGGAAAAGACAGAAAAAUGCUACUGGAUGGCAGAAAGAAGGCAGAACUGCCCAAUGCCUUCUUUGACUCUGUCUUCACCUGAAAAGAAAGCAAUGCCCAAUCUGGUUAAAAUAAAAUAAACAAUGCAAAGAAGAAGAAGCAGCCCAAACUCAUUUCUUUGUUUUUUUGAUAGAGUUACAAGCUUGGUGGAUCAGGGGGAUGCUGUGGAUGUAGUAUAUCUUGAUUUCAGUAAGGCUUUUUAUGAAGUCUGCCAUAAUAUAGCUAGAAAAAUGUGGGCUGGAUGAGGUAACUGUUAGGUGGAUUUGUAGCUGGCUGACUGAACCCAAAGAGUGCUCACAAAUAGUUCCCCAUCAUCCAAAAAUGAUGAGUGGGGUGCCACAGUGUUCUGUCCUGGGCCUGUUGGUGUUCAAUGAUGUCUUUAUAAAUGACUUGGGCAAAGGAAUUGAGUGGAUGUUCAUCUAAGUUUGCAGGUGACUCCAAACUGGGAUGGGUAGCUUAUGUUGCAGAAGACAGAAUCUGGAUUCAAAAUUACUUUCAUAGAUUGGAGAAGUAGGCUAAAACUAGCAAAAUGAAUUUCAGUACAGUGGACGCUCGGGUUGCGAACGUGAUCCGUGCGGGAGGCACGUUCGCAACCCGCAACACCACGUCUGCGCAAGCGCGGGUUGCGAUUUGGCGCUUCUGCACGUGCACAACUGCCGAAACCCAGAAGUAACCCAUUCCGAUACUUCCGGGUUUCAGCGCGUCUGUAACCCGAAGAAACGCAACCUGAAGCGUCUGUAACCUGAGGUAUGACUGUAGUGACAAAUGUUAGGUCCUGCACUUAGACAGAAAUAACAGCUGCACAAAUAUAAGAUGGGGGACAACUAGCUUGCCAGUAGUACGAAUACAAAAGUUACCUUUGUGUGUGCACAGACUCGCAUACCACCAUCCGGGAAUUGUCAGAAUCUAAAGAUCCAGUCCAGCUAUGAAUAUUAUUUUCACAACAACCCUGUAGGUAGGUUAAGCUGAAGGAGAGUGGCCUGAAUUUUUUGGGCGUUGCCUGAGGCAGAUUACUAACUUACUCUUUAAGGUUUUUUUGGGGGGGGCAUGUAGUCAGACUUUGUGUACAAGUGUACUAGUUUUGUACAACUGUGUUCAAAACUAUUAAUGUUACACCAGCCUUGAAAGGCAGGGCAGCCCCGAUUCGUCUUUCCCACCCCCCAUUCCUCACAAGGGGGCUCACUGAAUUAUUUUUUUUUGGGGGGCGAGGUGAUGUAAUCUUUUUAUAUAUAUAUACAUUUUUAUUGGUUUUUUAACAUAUCAGUUCCAACAGUCAAAUAACAUAACUUUCAUCUUAUACAAUGUUUUAGACUUCCGUCAACACCUCCGAUGAUUUUCAGUUCUUUAUCACUUAUUCUGCAUAUCUUAAUUUCUCUAUUACUCUUAAUUAUCGUUAACUAAUAGUUCUUCUCAUAGUCUUCCUUGCAAUAUUUAGAAUAGCCCACCUUGCAAACCUACUAGCAUAAUCUGUUCAUCACAAUUACUUUUCAAAUAAUUCAUAUAUUUACUCCAGUCUUCUAAGAAUCUCUGGUCCCGCAGGUUUCGAAUCCGAUGUAAUCUAUGACUAUGCGAAUGCUAGGCUGGAAUGCGCGUAUUUCACCUUUCCCAAAGGAAGUUUUGACCAGGCUGCCUCAUUUUCCUCCGCUGUGUUUGGGCAACCUUUCCUAAACCUGCCUUUAUUUUGGUUCAGAGGGUCUGCAGCUGACUGCCACUGGCUCAGGUCCCCCCCCCACACCUCUCCUGACUGUUGCUGCCGUGUGCCCCUCCACACAGCCCCAGAGGCAAAACCGGGUGUGGCAGUGGGCCUUGGCCUAAAACACUUCGUUUUCUUGGAGGCCCAGUCCUGGUGGGCAAAACCACCAAAUGCUGCUGAAUGACUCUUGCUGCAAAUCACAGGAGAGGAGAUUUGCACUCGGGUCCUUGCGGGCUUCCUGCUGCAGCAGAUGCCGGCCCCCUCUGGCCCGAUCCAACAAGGCUAUUUGUGUAGAACCUCCAGGUCCAAGGGCAGUCUAUCUUAGGUUCCUCGGGGCAUUUGGCCGCUGUGAAAACAGGGUGCUGUGCUAGAAAGGGCCCCCUUUGGCCUGAUCCUGCAGCCAGGCUCUUCUGUUAACGCUAGUUGCUGACCAGGGUCUUGAGGGUGGCGGUUGUGAUUGCUGCCCCCCCACUUCCUCAGUGAAUUGUGCAGACCUGCAAGGCUUUUUCCUCCCUCCCUCUGCAAAGGUAGCUAAAUCUAUGCCAAAUUUCUCGGCUUCCGGCCUGGCCGCAUGGCGUGAGCCCUACCUGCUAAGUUGCAGAGCGCGGCUGGCAGAGGAGGAGGAGAAUGUGCCGUGGCAAAGGUAGGCCUGGCGCCUGCUCCCUCGCUCAGCUCCCAUGGGAAUUUGGUGCUUGUUUUGCUCGAUCUCGCCCCCCCGCCGGCAUCCCUCCCAUCGCAGCUGUCCCUGUCGAGCCCUGACCUCAUGAGCUCACGCUGGGAACCCAGCGGCCUGCCCCCUUGCGCUGAGAAGCAGCCGCAGGCUCCCCUGCCCGUCGGUCGCCAGAAACCGGAGGCCCACGUCCGCCCCCUUUCCCCCCCUCUCCGUUCCUGCUUGAUUCCUUUUCUCCCUCGGCUCCUCCGCCCCACUGCUCCAGGAAAACCUCCGUAAGGUUAGUGCUGCCUUUUUAACAGGUUCCUCCUGCUCUGCCACUUGACCAGAGAGGAACCACCAAACACGCCCUUUCUCUCUUCCCCCUCCCCACCGCCAAUUCCCAGGUGCUCCUUGGGAGCUUCGCAGGGUGGGGAACGCCAAGCAGAUCUUCCCAUUACUCUCCCCCACCAGCCUCCUGUGGGGCGGAGGAGUAUCUGCCCCACAUACUCCUUAGGGCCCUUCUUGCUUUUCCCCCCUAUUGCAGCGAGAAGUUUUCCGUGCUUAACGUUGCCUGUCCGUUGCCUGUCCGUGUGCUUCUGAAACCUGAGUGUGCAUUGGAAACUAGACCUAAAUAGAGACCUCCUUCCAGCCGGCAUCCUGUUUGAAACAGUGACUGCAGUGCAUUCAAAGCGCACGGAAAGCACAUUCCCCGCCCCCACUCUGCCCCCCCCCGCCCAGUUCUGGGAGCGGAAGUUAAUCCCUUGCAGAUCUACAGUUCCCGGCACCCUUUGCAAACUACAGUUCCCAGGCUUCUUUGGGCGAAGCCAUGUGCUUCAAGUGACCUGUAAAUGUGUGGUGGAUGCACAGCCAGGGACCACUCCUCUACACUUAAAAAACCCAUAGGUGUGGCUUCAGGCAGGCAGGGAGGCCGUCCUCUGCUUCUUUCUAGAAUCUGGUUUUUUGAGGUACAGUCAUACCUUGGGUUACAGACGCUUUGGGUUGCGUGAUUUCGGGUUGCGCACCAUGCUGAACCUGGAAGUACUGGAAACGGGUUACUUCCAGGUUUUGGCGUAUGCGCAGAAGCGCCAACCUGCGCAUGUGCAGACGGGGCGCUGUGGGUUGCGAACUUGUUUCCCGCACUGAUCGCAACCCGAGCGUCCACUGUACACUGUUACUAAACAUGGGGGCUCCAUUUUGCUAUACUGCCUGCUGAUAGGCCUGCUCACGCCCCCAAGUUCAGAGUUAAUUCUUCUUUUUUUAAAAGGUGCCAUUUUGAAAAGGAGCACUGUCUGGCGCUUAAGGUGUGUUCAGUGCUUUUGGGAAGGUAAGACUGAUAACCCACAAGCUACAGGCUUAGAGAUGGAUAUUUAGGGGGCAAUGAUAAGGUCCAGGCCUCUCCCCAGGACUAUGUCAUCAGAGAACUAGGGUGGUAGAGAACAAAUGUUCGCCCAAGUUUAAAUUUCUCUUUUUAGACCCACACCUUGUACUGACAUGCUCACUUUUCACAAUGGGUUUGCGAAGAACCAUUGGCUCUUUACCUGGCGUCCUCAAUGUGGCAUAGUCUAGGGACCUGUACCAUGUUACUUUAUUUAAUUUAUUAAUUCAUUUUCUAUACCGCCCUUCAUCCUAGGAUCACAGGGCGGUUUACAGUAGAAAAACACAAAAAUACAUAACACAGAAACAAACAAAAACAAUGCACCCCCUCCCUAAUUAAAAGGCCAUAGAUUUUUUUAAAAUUAAAUUUCUAUACCAUACUUUUCUGACGUUGCAGGAUGCAUGGCCUUUAGCUGUACUGAGUUGUGUGUUGUUGGUGGGGACACAAUUUUAUGUUUUCUUUUGCGAGUGCUGGCUAGCAGUUCCAGGUUGGGGUAUGUCAGAAAUGGAUCUUGGAGGGGGAGAUUUGUGAUGUGCUGCUCUUUUUAACUCAUCUCCCUCUCACUUCUCUCAAGGACCCCACCAAAUCAUAUCUGUGACACUGGAUAUUCAAAGGCUACCUUUAGCCCUGCAUCAUAGAAUUGUUGGGUUGGGAGGGAUCCCGAGGGUCAUCUAUUCCAACCCCCUGCGACACAGAGGGCGUCAUUAUCAUCAAGCAGUCUUUGUGUUUGUGUGAAUCUUGAACCGUGUUGCAUUUUAUUUUAUUUUUUUAAUGACACCAUCAGGGCCAGCUAGGGUUGCCUCCUUUUAUUUCCCCCUUCCUGGCAGAAUUCCUGAGCCUUUCAAACAGCUAUGAAAAAGAAAUUCACCAUGAGCGGCUUUUCCCAAUGCAAAAGAGUUGCAAAGAGGGGUGAGCUUCACCUGUUGGAUUGUCUCCCUGGGGAUGUUCACAUUCAGUGAGUGUGCCUGCGUACCAUGGAGUCAACCGGCACACUCGUACAGUUGUUCGCAUGUAACGCAUUGUGAGUCAAAAUUUUUUAAAAAAUUAAAAAUUGUCCAGUAGCACCUUAGAGACCAACUAAGUUUGUUCUGGGGACAGUCAUACCUCUUGUUACGCUUGCUUCAUGAUACGUUUUUUUCAGGUUGCGCCCCACGGCGACCUGGAAGUACCGGAAAGGGUUACUUCUGGGUUUCGCCACUUGCACAUGCGCAGAUGCGCAAAAUGACGUCAUGCGCAGAAGCGACAAAUCGUGACCCGCGCGUGCGCAGACACGGAUUGCGUUCCUUUCAGGUUGCGAACGGGGCUCCGGAACGGAUCCCAUUCGCAACCAGAGGUACCACUGUAUAAGCUUUCGUGCGCAUGUGUAGCUGUGCACGCAGUAAGCGCAUGCAAAGACUUGCGCCUGUGUUUUGUGUCAUGUGUGAACAAACCUGUGUCACGGUGCGGGAAGGGAGACUGCCCUCAUGCUCAAUAAAACAGGUUGCCUGGAAGCGCCCCCAAAUCACCCCAGGCCUAUUCCUCAGGCAGCAAAACAUUUUGUUUAAAAGAAGGGCUUGCUUUAAAACCGUUUAGACAGGCUGAAAUAGCGGAGGGUGGCCAGGGAGCGGGAGGGCGGCCAUCUUUUUUCCCUUCAGCCUUCUUCCCCUCGACACUUUUAACAGCAGCCUGACUUGCUGCAACGUAACCCACUGAAGAAGCCUUUCCUCCUCCAUUUCUGCCCAGAGGAAGCUUCCCCUGCCAUGCCGGCGGCAAGCCAACACGAGGGGAGAGGCUUCCUACUCCGGGGCCUGGUCUGGGCCUUGUCCUAGGCCUCCCGUUCCCUUUCAUCGUGAGCCACGCUCUCCUGGCCUCGGACAACAGGAGACGCGGCCGUCGGCCUCUUGUGAAAGCGUUUCCCUCCCCUUCCUUCUCCCCCUCAGAAGCUGAUCCCUUCGUGUCACGUAGUUAUGGGCAAAGCAGCCGUUUCAGUUGGCCUCCAUGACAGACGGGUCUGGGGGGCCCGGGAGGCCAUUUCCCCAGUUCAUGCCCAGGGAAAGCUUUGUCUGACAGAAAAAUUGAGCCGAUAUCUCCUCUCCCUUCAGAAGUAAAACAUACAUGCAAGAAAAUAUCUUGUCGGUCAGGAAAGGAAAAGGAAAAGCCGUCUCCCCACUGCCACCCUUUCUCUUCAAAAUAGCGGUUUCUUGAAAUAACCCCUCAAAUUGGAGAAAACCAGAAACUAACUAAAAUAAAAAUUUUUAAAAGGGCUUCAGCAAAAAUGCCACCUCUCUGGCCUCCUGGCUUGAGAAAGAUUUCCUCAGUGUCUCGGUCGCUGAAGCACGGAACAAAAGAGGUUUUUUUUAAUAAAAAAAUAUAUUUAUUGGCUUGUUUAUUCGCCGAAGCAAUAUCUCGGUCCCCACCAAAGCGUGAAGCAAAAUAGGCUUUUGUGAUGCAUUCCUUUGUUGGCUUGCUUUUUUGCCGAGGUUGCUAUCAGGUUGAGCAAGCCCGUCUCCAUCUUGAAUUCCUGGCUUUUUUCUCUGAGGUUUCUGUCUAUGGUUUCUGUCAGCAACCGUAUCUUGCUUCAAGAACACAUCUUCAGGCGUGGGGGUGCCAAGGACUUGGGAGACGGGGGUUCAAAUCCCCAUUUGGCCAUGGCCAAGUUGCCAUCUCUACCUCCCAGGGUUGUUGUACGAUUUAAAAAAGAAGUGGGCAGCUGUGUGCACCACCUUCGGAGGAAAGGUGGGAUAGAAAUGUACAGUGGUACCUCAGGUUACAUACGCUUCAGGUUACAUAUGCUUCAGGUUACACACUCCGCUAACCUAGAAAUAGUGCUUCAGGUUAAGAACUUUGCUUCAGGAUAAGAACAGAAAUCGGGCUCCGGCGGCGCGGCAGCAGCAGGAAGCCCCAUUAGCUGGUGCUUCAGGUUAAGAAAAGUUUCAGGUUAAGUACCAGCCCCUCAGGGCCUGCCCCAUUCAUUCCCUUUGAAAGCAAAAUACUCUCCCUCUUGAAAGCCGAACAAUUGUCACUUCACCAGAGUUAAUGGUUUACCCUGGGCGCUGAGAUCACUGCCUAUUCUUACGCUCUUCCCUAGCCGGUGGGAUCAGCAGCAAGUUUUAACCGGCCAUCAAGCCAUGUUUUGCCCCAAAUAAGCCACAUUUGGUAAGCCAUAAUAAGCAAACCGUCUCUUUGCACCACGGUUUGUUUCGAAUGAAGCAAACCAUGGCACGCAUUACACGUGAGUUCUGCCUCUGAAACUUGCCCGCUUCUCCUUUUUAAAAAAUGUGUGAGUCUUUCCACAUGCCGAAAGGGUCAUGUCCAAGCGCGCAGCUUUUUCCUUUCAUUAGUUUUAGUUUCUUCAGUGCCACACUCAAGGAUGUCCCUGCACAAGGGUGACUUUUGCCAAACUGAUAACAGCCACACGAGACAGGACAGGCGUCACUGUGAUUUGGCUCAACAGAACAUGCGCAGAUAAUAAGAAAGCAGAUUUGGUGUUUCUUUGCGUAGGAAGUUUGAAAGCUGGCGUACCUGAAGCUCAGUGCUUUUUGUUUAUCUGCCUAUUGUACUUUUUGUAAUUAAUAUAUCCUGCAUAGUUAUUGAAAAGAGGCAGUUCAGAGCAAUUUAUGUGGUUCUUCCGGUGGUGUCCCAUCCAGGCCUAAACGGAUGCAUACUCAGCUAUUUCUUAUUAUAUCUACUACUGUCACUAUUUAUUACAUUUAUCAGUUGUUUUAUGCAAAGAAAAAUUCUCAAAAUGAAUUGACCAAGAAAAAAUGCAACCCAUAAAAGCAUUUUAAAACCAGAAAAUUUAAAAUCAAUGGGCAAAAUACAUAAAAUGCUCAAACAGUGGCAUAUUAUUGACAAGUUCUACCCAACCCUACUAUAGGAGGCAAUUUAAUUACAGCUUAGAGAAGGCAGUGAAUUUUGGAGUAACUAGAACAUUCACUGGGUUGUCUCAAAACUUCUUAAUUGGUUUUUAAAAAACAGCUCUUCAACCAAAAAAGCUUACUAUAGUAGUUUACAAAUCACUAAAAAACAACAACCCCAAAACCCCACACAACAAUGUGAAGACAGUCCCUCCCUCAGGCUCACAAUCUGUAAAAAGUCACAGCACAAAAGGAAAAGUGGAUUGGGAGGGAGGAGGGAAAAAGCUCAGGCGCAAGUUUGGUUUAGUUACAAGUUGUUAUAGUGACCAACUGGGAUGGAAAAAGUUCAAGGGGAAGAGGCGCCAAAUGUUGCUGGGCCAGUGGAGUGACUCAGUGUCCCCAUCUGGCUAGCGUUGUGUGUUCCCCAGGACCAUAUUUGCCUGGGAACUGGGCACUUCAUGUGUUCAGGUGGGUUACAAAGUGGUGGGGAAUGUUUAAAUUGUCCCAUUUUGUGUAUGGGGAGCCUUGUCAUAGAUAAAGAUGCAAAGACCUUGCUGGUGGGGUGGGGUACACAUUUGAAUGGAGGAUUUCCCCCCAAGCCUUUUUCCUUUUGGAGAAAUGGAAAUUCUUUCGGCUUAUGGAAUAUUUUCUUUUAAAACAGUGUUUCCCAAACAUGGGUCUCCAGCUGUUUUUGGACUACAGCUCCCAUCAUCCUUAGCUAGCAGGACCAGUGGUCAGGGAUUAUAGGAACUGUAGGCCAUAAUAUUGAAAUGGCCGCAUGGGUGAAGUUGUGGGAUGUAGACCUAAAGUUUACAGCGUACUAUACGCUGAAAGAAAAUGACAUGAAAAUUGUGUACGGAUGGUAUUUAACUCCUAGCAGAUUGGCAAAAACGGAUAAAUCAAAAUCAAACACCUGCUGGAAAUGUAAAGAAAAAGAAGGUACUUCCUGCCAUAUGUGGUGUUCCUGUAAGAAAGGAAAAGCUUUAUGGGAAAUUAUUAGUAAGGAAUUGGAAAAAAUGUUAUAAGAUCUUUAAAAAACAACAACAACACAACAACAACAACCAGAAGCUUUUCUUCUAGCGAUUCUAGAUACUGAGAUCCCAAAAGACCCAAAAAAAUUGUUUAUGUAUGCUACAACUACAGCUAGAAUGGUUUUUGCCCAGAGAUAGAAAGAAGAUAUAGUAGCAACCAAGGAAGAAUGGCUAAUUAAAUUAAUGGAUUAUGCUGAAAUGGCAAGAUCAAUAGGUGUAAUUAGAAACCAAGAAGAAGAAGAUUUUAAAGAUUGGAGGAAAUUUAUGGAAUAUUUGAAGAACACAUGUAUGCAAAGAAGCUCAUAAGCAGGGUUAAUGUAAAACAAGCAGUUAAAUAUUUUAUUAAGAGGAACUAAAUAAUAACUUAAAGAUGGAGUGAUGUGGAAAAUGCAGUAUGAAAAUUUAAAGUAAAAAGAAACCACAAAAAGGGGGGGGGAGAAGUCAAUUAUAUGUGUAUUAGAAAUAUAUGUGAUUUGUGUUUUUGUAAUUUGUAUGUCUGUAAAUCUUUGAAAAACCAAAAAAUAAAUAUAUAUUUUUUAAAGGAAUUGUAGUUCAAAAACAGCUGGAGACCCAAGUUUGGGAAAUAAUGUUUUAGACAAUACUACUGAGCUAGAUAGGGGACGCGGGUGGCUCUGUGGGUUAAACCACAGAGCUAGGACUUGCCGAUCAGAAGGUCGGCGGUUUGAAUCCCUGUGACGGGGUGAGCUCCCGUUGCUUGGUCCCUGCUCCUACCAACCUAGCAGUUCGAAAGCACGUCAAAGUACAAGUAGAUAAAUAGGUACCACUCUGGCAGGAAGGUAAACGGCGUUUCCAUGUGCUGCUCUGGUUCGCCAGAAGCGGCUUAGUCAGGCUGGCCACAUGACCCGGAAGCUGUACGCCGGCUCCCUCGGCCAAUAAAGCGAGAUGAGCGCUGCAACCCCAGAGUCGGCCACGACUGGACCUAAUGGUCAGGGGUCCCUUUACCUUUUACUGAGCUAGGUGGACCCAAGUCUCUGAACAUGAGAGCUACCUGUCUUUCCACGAAAGAGCAACUGUUUUCCUUUCCCUCCUUGCUUUCCAGAGCUUUCUGAAUCCUUCGCCAUGGGGGACAUGAAAACCCCAGAUUUUGAUGACCUCCUGGCGGCUUUUGACAUUCCCGACAUUGACACCAACGAGGCCAUCCACGAGGAGGCGGAGGCACACAUCAAGCCCAUCCCUGUGGAGACGGUGGUCCCUGAACACAUCCUCCCUCAUGCCGACAUCACCACGGUCAGCGUCAUAGUGAAGAACACCGUCUGCCCCGAGCAGCUGGAGCCCGUGGACGGACGCGUCAAAGACAGCCACGUCGUCGGGCCGCGCCUGCUGCAGAACGGCUUCUCUGCCCCCGAGGCGCUCCAUUCCUCCCCCACGCGCCCCACAGAAGGGGUGGCCACCGCCAACGGAGAGUGUUGGACCCCCAAAGAAAAGGGGGCCAAAAGCCUGGACAUCUUUUCCCAUUUCAGCCCUGACCCUCCUGAGGACAGUGAGGCUAACCUCAUUGACCAGCCGCGAGAAUGCAAGCCCAAGGAGAAGGGGCCCCUCUCCCCGCCCCACGUGCUUCCUUCGGUCUCCCCGCUGGCCUGCCACGAGCUGUCGGCAGGGGAGGCCACAGGGCCCCUCCCUCCAACAUUCCCACAGUCCUUUGAAGGAUGCCCAGCCGGCGGAGGUGUGGGCCUCCCUCCAACCCCUGCUGCUCCCCCGGUGCCCCCAGCCAUCAAACAGGAAUCCGAUUGCGAGACACCCUGCCAGGGGGCCAGUCCACUGGGCCGCCCAAAGCCCGGUUCUAUUUGCUACCCUACAGACGGUUCCCCCAUAGCACCCUGGCCGGGCUCAGACGCAAACCUCUGCGUCGGCUCCCACAGCACCCCAGAGGUCAAGCACUCUCCCUCCAGCCCCAGGGACUCACUGUUCAAAAGCUCUCCUCCGGAGGCAGAAGCAAGCCCCGGGCCCUCCACCUCCCCAAAACAUUCUAGCGUCGGGACCCUGAAGGAGGAGCCCAUCGAGAAGCCUGUGCAGUGCCCGCCAGAUGCGUCCAGCGAGGAAGAGGACGAGGACGAGAGUGCUGGUUCCCCCUCGUCCAAUUCUUCGCGGCCCCUGAAAGUGAGGAUCAAGACCAUCAAGACUCCGACCGGAAGCAUCACCAGGACAGUCACCAGGGUCUCCUCCGACACGGAGCCGGGAGCCGCCAAGCUGCCUUCGGACCACGACUCGCAAGAGGCCGCUCCCGCCGAGGACCCCGUGCCCCCCGCCUCUGCGGAAAAGGAAGAAGGGGCUGCGGGGCCUCCCAGCCCCAAAACGGUGGCCGCCAGCCCCGUGAAGGUUGUGGAGGGGCCCAAAGUAGUCAGCGUGCAGCUGGGGGACGGGACCAAGAUCAAAGGGACGGUGCUGCCUGUCUCCACCAUCCAGAACGCCAGCAGCGCCAUGCUGAUGGCUGCCAGCGUGGCCCAGCAGAAGGCAGUGGUGCUGCCCAGCAAGGCCAUGGCCAAGAACAUCGUCAGCCUGGUGCCGCAGGCCCUCCCCAAGGCUGGCGUCGUGGCGGCGGCCCAGGCGGGCGGACCCAGCCAGAAGGUCAACGGCACCACGGUGGUGGUGAUGCAGCAGUCGCAGAAGUCCUCGCCCACCGUGGCCGGCACGGUCAUCUCCCGCAGCCAGUCCAGCCUGGUGGAGGCCUUCAACAAGAUCCUGAACAGCAAGAACCUGCUGCCCAUGUACAAGCCCAACCUGGCGCCCCCGGCAGACUCCAGCCUGACCCUCCCGCCGCUCGGGUACCGGUGCCUGGAGUGCGGAGACGCCUUCGCCCUGGAGAAGAGCCUGGCGCGACACUACGACCGGCGCAGCAUGCGCAUCGAGGUGACCUGCAACCACUGCACCAAGCGCCUGGUCUUCUUCAACAAGUGCAGCCUGCUCCUCCACGCCCGCGAGCACAAGGACAAGGGCCUGGUCAUGCAGUGCUCCCACCUGGUCAUGCGGCCCAUCGCGCUGGACCAGAUGAUCGGGCAGCCCGACAUCACCCCGCUGGUCUCUCUGGCCUCCCUGAACGCCAGCAAGGCCGCCGCGGCCGCCGUCGCCCAGGAAGGCACAGCCAGCGGGGCGGCCACGCACGACCCCCCCGUCCUUCCCUUGAACGGCAGCGCCGAGCAGGCCACCACCAACUCCUGCCAGUGCCUGGAGUGCAAGGAGCCCUGCAAGGACAAAGCCGGCCUCGCAGCCCACUUCCAGCAAGCCACAGCCUCCGCCUCCACGGUGAGGGCGCUCGGAACGCUGUCAGGGUGGUAUUCUGUUACUAUUAUUGGCAUUUCAUAGAAUGAUAGAUUUGGGGGGACCCAUCUAGUCCAGCCCCUUGCAAUGUAGGAAUCUCAGCUAAAGCAUCCAUGACAAUGGCCACCCACCUUCAGCUUAAAAACCUGUAAGGAAGGAGACUUUCAAGGGAGACCUUUUCACUGUCCAACAGCUGUCACUGUCAGAAAGUUCUUCCUAAUUUUUAGUCAGAAUCUCCUUUCUUGCAACUUGAAGCCAUUGGUUUGAGUCCUGCCCCCUAGAGCAGGAGAAAACAAGCUUGCUCCCUCUUUCGUGUAAUAGCCCUUGUAGUAGUAGUAGUAGUAGUAAUAAUAAUAAUAAUAAUAAUAAUAAUUUAUUUGUACCCUGCCCAUCUGGCUGGGCUUCCCCAGCCACUCUGGGCGGCUUCCAACAAAAUAUUAAAAAACAGUAAUGCAUCAGACAUUAAAAGCCUCCCUAAAGAGGGCUGCCUUCAGAUGUCAUCUAAAAGUCUGUUAGUUGGUUUUCUCUUUGACAUCUUGUGGGAGGGAGUUUCACAGGGUGGGUGCCACCACCGAGAAGGCCCUCUGCCUGGUUCCCUGUAACUUGGCUUCUCGUAGCAAGGGAACCACCAGAAGGCCCUCGGAGCUGGACCUCAGUGUCCGGGCAGAACGAUGGGGGUGGAUCCACUUUUUCCUCCAAGGAGCUCAAGAUGGUGUAUGUAGGUUCUCCCCCCCCCCCCCCCAUCUUGUCCUCACAACAUCCCCGGGAGGUAGGUCAGGUUGAGAGUCUUCCCCCCCACUUCAGCUGAGUAUUGUCCUCACUUACUGGAAGCGGCUCUGCAGGGUUUUGGGCAGAGGGCAAUCCUAGACCUACCUGGAGGCAACAAGGAUUGAACAGGUGAUUUGGCACCGAGCGGCCAUUCUUUCAUUGGCAAAGCCCUGAUUCCAGGGCACAGUUUCUGCGGUUCCUUGCCAGUGGCAGAGUUAGCACUCGUUACACCUUCCCUCCCUCCCCCUGCCUGCCAAUGUAAAUUAAUCGUUCUUUUUGCUCCUUCCCAAAGGUGUGCAACGCCUGCCCCAUGAUUAUGCCCAACCGGUGCAGCUUCGGCGCCCACCAGCGCAUGCACAAGAACUGCCCGCCUCACGUCUGCCCCGAGUGCGGGGGGAACUUCCUCUUGGCCAACUUCGAGGCCCACCUGAAGGAAGCCUGCCUCCAUUUCUCCCGGAGGAUAGGCUACAGGUAGGGGUGUCUUGAGUGUGAGUGGAAACCCGAAAGGCAGACCCUCCCCCCCCUUUUUUUAGUUCUGUCGCCCAACAUGGAUAAAGUUAAUUCCUGUUUUAAUGAUUUGGCCGCUGAAGCAGGAAUCUGAACUCAGGACCCCUUUUCCCACUCACCCCUGAUUUCAGAGCAGGGCAUCCAUGGAGUGGAGGUCAAAACGGUGAUGUGAGAAUUAAGCAAGCUUUGCUGUAGCUCCCGCUUCUUAUUUUUGAUCAUUGUAUGUUCCAUGUCUGGGUGGCGUUGGAGCCUAAGAUGCUGGCUCGAUAUUUUGGCUUUUUCCUCCACCCCCUUACUUAUUUAUCCAUGCCUUUCUUCCAUCAUGGAACCUGGUGGCAUUGUACAUAUGGUUCCCAAGUAGUCACCAAUUAUUAUUAUUACAGUGGUACCUUAGUUUAUAAACAGUCCUGUUUAAGAACUAUUUGGUUUAUGAACUCCGCAAAACCGGAAGUAGUGUUCCGGUUUGUGAACUUUGCCUCAGUUUAUGAACGGAAUCUGAACGGUGGAAGGGCACCGGCAGUGGGAGGCCUCAUUAGGGAAAGCGCACCUCGGUUUAAGAACGGAUUCGGUUUAAGAACUGACUUCUGGAUUCUGUUUAAGAACGGACUUCCGGAACGGAUUAAGUUCGUAAACCGAGGUACCACUGUAUUCUCAUUCAUUUCCAUUCGCUUACCAGGCCCAGGCCUCCUCUGCCUUCAGAUCAUCUCCACUCAGUGCCCCCUGGCCCUUCUGUCUUUUUGUCAUGGGGGAGCAGGAAGGCUGGGCCAUCUAUUCUGUUCAGGACCUGGCAGGAUGGGCCUCUUCCCUUUCUCCAACAUCCAGGUAGAACUCAGGAAGUGGGGCUCAGCUGCCAUCACACCAUAUUUUCCAGUUUAUGGCCUUGGAAGUGGUUGUUUUCUUAAGAACUUUUUCCUGCCGCAGGAGAAGGUUGCGAGAACCUUUGAUACUGUUUGGAGGGCUUUUUCCAGCCAGUCCUUAACUUGGGAUGCCAACUUUUACUGUCAAAUGGAAUGGCCCUGCUUUUCCCCUCCAAAGCUUCCUCUGGUCAUUUCCACCAAGUAAGGAAGGCAGGUAGCUCCCAAGGAGAGGUCCUUUUCAGUCAGCCUCCCCAGAGAGGCUCACGUGCCACCUUCUGUGUGGUCUCAUCAGCAAAAAUGAAUACUUUUCCCUUCACUCUCUCUCUCUCUCUCUCUGUGUGUGUCUGUGUCUUGAAACCAGGCUGCCCCCUCUUAUUGCUAGGAAGAUUUUCCUUUGGGGUCUUUCCAAUGCAGAGGAGACCCAUUGUUGUUAAUGAAGGUUGUUAUUGCUAUUUUUAGACUACAAAUUUGGUACCCAGAGCUGUUCAAAACAUAGUAACAGCCCAAAAGUAGUAAUACGUUAACCGUAACGUUUAAUCAAAAUGGAUAUAAUUUGGCAUGCAUAAAUAACAAUGUCUUAGAUUUAUUAAUUUCAGUGGGUCUUCUCAGAGCAUCGGCUGCAACCUUUUAUGCCUUUAUUGUUGAUUUUAAUGAUCACGUUUUGCAGUUUUAAUCAUUGUUUUGUUUUGGUAUGCUGCCCAGGGAAUGUUUUUAGUGAUGGGCAGCUAGGUGUAUUGAUCAGUAAGACUUCCCGGUUCUCGUCCUCAGGUGCCCGAGCUGCUCGGUCGUCUUUGGCGGAGUGAACUCCAUCAAGUCCCACAUCCAGACGUCUCACUGCGAGGUUUUCCACAAGUGCCCCAUCUGCCCCAUGGCAUUCAAAUCAGCCCCCAGCGCUCAUGCCCAUAUUUACACCCAGCACCCAGGCUUCAGCAACCAGCAGUCCAAGUGAGAUGGCGUGUGUGUGUGUGUGUGUGUUUGUCUGGGUUGUGUCCACUGCUAGCGCUACUCAGAGGCGAACCACUGAAAUUAAUGGGCGCAACUCUACUGUGAGUGGGACAUACGGUAGUUGGCCACAACCCUGUGUGUCUGUCAAAAAAAUGACUAGAGCGAAAGGAGGGCUUGAUCAUGGGGAGGGGGCCUUUGGGCCUCCAGCUGAUGGACUUUACAUAAGAAGAUGUAAGAAGACCCCUGCCGGAUCAGGCCAGAAAGGGGCCCAUCUAGUCCAGCAUCCUGUUCUCAGCAUGGCCAGCCAGAUGCCCUAAUAGGAAGCCCAGAAGCAGGACCCAAGCACAGCAGCAGUUGGUGUUCAGAAGCAUUAAUUUAAUUUAAUUUAAUUUAUUAAAUUUGUUAGUCGCGUUAUCUUGCCCAAGGCAACCCAAAGUGACUUACAACCAAACAACCAUGGAGGCAGGGCAGAGCCAUCACAUCUAUUUCAUUAUUAUUAUUAUUAUUAUUAUUAUUAUUAUUAUUGUGGUUGUUAUUAAUUAAAUUUAUAUACCUCCUUUCAUCUGAAGAUCUCAGGGCAGUUCUCAAGGUAAAAAUGCAGGAUGAAAGCACAAAGUAAAUAGUUUAAACAAAAAACGAAACUCUCCCAUAGGGGAAGCAGGGCUUCUUCUUGGCCUUCUGAGCCGCAGGAACAAGCGUUCCCCAGCCCCUCCGACCUGUUUGGGACCAGGAGCCAGACCCUUCUUCAUCCGGUGACACAGGCAAAGACUCUUAAUCUGCAGGAAGGGCACACAGACCCAGAGAUGGUGCAGCCAGAUGUGUGGUGGGGACAGUGGCGCCCUGGGCCAAACAUGUGGCCUUGCCAUUUUGUGUGCAAGCCCUGAGCCUCCUUCCCUCUGCUGGAGUGGGAGGCUCCUAGAGAAGCCCAGGCCCCUUUUGAGCAAAAGAGCAUAUUGAAGCACAGGUGGUCCUAACAAUUUGGCUGCGCCGGAUGCUACUCCUAUAAAAAGGCUUGUCGGUUUCAGUUUCUCCAUUGCUGGAACGGCUUCAGAGCUCUGGGUUUCCUCAGAGCAAAGCCUGAACCCGGCCUUGCAUCUAGCCAGAACCUCACCUUGUCCUACACCCCAAUUCAGGACGGAGAAAAGGAAGCACUACUUCAUUUCAGCGCAUAGUUAAAACGACGGAACUCCCUCCCACAGAAUUAGACAAAUUCACUGAGAAGAGGCUACCCGUUUGCCUCCCCAGUUUGAGGCAGCGAUGCUUCUGAAUCCUGGUUGCUGGAAGCUGCAGGAGGAAAGAGGGCUCUGCCGCUUGAAUCCUGCCUGUGGGUUUCCCAAAAGAGGCGUCUGCUCAGCCGCUGUGAGAACAGGUCAUUGGCCUGACCCAGCAGGUGCCUCCCGGGUUCUUAUUUUGUCUUGCACCCCGGCUGAUUCCUGCUGUGCCGCAGAGCAGCAAUAAGUAUCCAAACAAACCCCUGUGUUGCAAAGAGAACGUCAACAACGUCUAGGCAACACGAUGACCAUAUACAUACGUAAUAGACAAUCUUUAUAGAAUUCCUUCAAAUCAUAAAAAGUUCAGAAUGAAAUCUUUAGUCUCAAAGUCUCUGAAAAUCUUUAAGUGAAGCGAGGUACCAGACUUUGUACAGUGGAAGACAAGCUGUGAAGCUUUGUGUAUUCAACAGUGAUGUCCAACACUGAACAGUAAUACCGGAUAUUGACUACUGUUUCGUAGAAUUCUUCAUCAGCGUUCUGGGUGGAUAUAGAAUGCUUCAUAAAAGUUUGGUACCUCGCUUUAAAGUUUGGUACCUCGCUUCAUUUAAAGUUUUUCAGAGACUAAAGUUUUUGAGACUAAAGAUUUCAGUUUGAACUUUUUAUGAUUUGAAGGAAUUCUAUAAAGAUUUUCUAUUACGUAUGUAUAUGGUCAUCGUGUUGCCUAGACAUUGGUGCCGCACAGCAGGUCAGUUCCUUCCUGAGAGCCCUCCUGUCCCUUUCAUCCUCUCCAGGAUGAUCUUCAAGUGUGCCAUGUGCGACACGGUCUUUACCCACAAGCCCUUGCUCUCCUCCCACUUCGACCAGCACCUGCUCAACCAGAGGGUCAGCGUCUUCAAGUGCCCCGACUGCCCUCUUCUUUUCGCCCAGAAGCGUACGAUGCUGGAGCACCUGAAGGUGAGUGGCCUUGUGGGGCAGAAGGGGAAGAGUUGGCGGGUGGGGGGGACACAGGGGAAAUCGGUAAUUUCUCACUUCCUUUUCCCCCACACCUAGUCUAGUUCCACCUUUGAUGUUUUCACUUACUUUGGGAAUGGGUAGCAUGAGCCAUCAAUCCAACAGGGAGAAGGAAAUGAUUUCAUCCCUCUAGGACAGGGGUCGGCAAACUAAGGUCCACGGGCCGGAUCAGGCCCAAUUGCCUUCAGGAUCUGGCCCACGGACUGUCAGUGGAUCAGCGUAGGGAUUCUGGUCAUUCGGGCUGCCCCUUUUCCCCCCUGUGCCAUUCAAUUCCAUUUCACACCACACACACACACAAACACCCGCAGCAGCGCCUCCUCCCUCCUUCCUCCUGGCUUCUCCCUGCCUAGAGGAGGAAGGGAGCUGUCUGAGCACCAUUUUAAGCAGCCCCUCUCUGGAGCCAGCCCUUUCGCACCGUUCAUCUUCCCUCUGCCACUACCACCCUGGUACUCCUGUAGGCCACAGAGCGGAGCGGAUGAGCUCCCUCUGCCUACCCACGAGAAGCAACAGCGGUGGUGGUGGCGGCGGUGGCAGCCCCAGGGAAGGUAAGCACAGCGGCUGGAGGUGGAGGGUGGAGAGGAGGAGAACUUGCCCACCUCGCUUCUUCUUCCAGCCCCCCCCCCCACGCCGCUUCUCUGGCCUGCCACAAGUUCUGAGGGACAGUGGACUGGCCCAAAAAUUUUUUGCCGACCUCUGCUCUGGGGAAUAGCACUCUAGGCAGGAACUGCAUGUGUGUUGCAGUAUACCACAGCAACAGCACAGAAAAGGAAUAUGAUACUGUUUUCAGGUUCCUGAGAAUUAUAGAUUUCAUUCCUUCUAAUCCUUACAGCCACUGGCUGCAAAAUCCUGGCUCCCAAGCACUGCAGCUUUCAUUAAAAAGAGAGAGAGGGAAAUUACUGGUCCUCUUGUUUACAAAGAUAAGGUUGGAAGAGUGAGCAAGAGCUGCUCAGAUCUCAGAAGAGAGACUUAACUUUGGGGAAGGGGUGCAGCUGGCAGGGCGUCUGCCUUGCAUGCAAAGAGCCCCUCCAUUCGCCUGCUGCCCAGCCAUGAAGUGAAGCUGGGAAAUGGUGUUGACCAGUCCAGCCACCUUCUCUUAAGACCGUAAGAAGAGCCUGCUGGAUCAGGCCAGUGGCUUGUCUAGUCCAGCAACCCGUUCUCACAGUAGCCAACUAGAUGCCUGCGGGGAACACACAAACAGGAUUCAACCACAAGAGCGCCCUCCCCUCUCCUGUAGUUUACAGCAAGUGGGAUUUCUGUCUCUAACCAUGGGGGCAGAGAACAGUCAGCAUGAUUAGUAACCAUUGAUACCCUUCUCCUCCAUGAAUUUGCCUAAUCCUCUUUUGAAGCCAUCCAUGUUGUAAAGACUGCGGAGAGAAUAAUUGGGUGCACUCUGCCCACCUUGGAUCACAUCUAUGCUUCCAGGUGCCAUAAGAAAGCUGCAGAGAUAGUGCAGGAUAGUGCGCAACCCGGAAAUGAUCUAUUUCAGCUUCUGCCUUCUGGAAGAAGGUACAGGGUUAUAAAGACUAGGACUAGCCGCCUGAGAAACAGUUUCUAUCCAAAUGUGAUUUUGGUUUUAAAUGCAUUGUAAGGAGUCUGUACGGGAGUAUAUUAUAUUUAAAAAUGGAGUAUCAGAGUUUUAGUGGCUAACCAGGUUGGGAUAGUUGGGAUAGCAAGUUUGCUGGGUUUUGAAUGUCUUAUGUAGAUUUUUCAAUUUCGUUGUUCUGUAUGGGACAAUGACAAUAAAGAUUAUUGUAUCGUAUCGCUAGUGGCCAUCACGGCCUCCUGACUUUAACUAUGUGCUCUGUGAAGAAUUAUUUUCUUUUGACUAUCCUGAAUCUUCCAACGUUCAGCUUCACUGGACGUUCCUGAGGUCUAGUAUUAGGAGAGAGGGAGGAAAGACGUUCCCUAUGCCGUACAUCAUUUUAUAAAUCUUUAUCCUUUCGCCCCUUAACUCGCCUUGACUCCAAACUGAAAAGUCCUCAGAAGCUGCCACCAUUCUUCAUAGGGGAUCCGCUCCACCCCUCGGUGGUUUUUGUUGCCCUUCUCUGAACCUUUUGCUUCUCCUUCCCUCCCGGCGCCAGAGCACCCACCAGCCCCAGAAACCCAAAGAGGACCCCGCCAAGAAGCCAGUUGCUGCCCCGCUCACCCCCAAGCAGGAGCCGGCCGAAGAGGAGCCCCCGCCGCCCGUCUCCAAGCUCUCGGAGUCAUCGUCGUCCUCUUCAGAAGAUGAGGAGCCGCCCAGCUCCCCGGAGCUGCGGAAGAGCAAGCGAGGCCGCUUCCAGCGCAAGUCGGAGGGCGGAGGGCGCUCCCGGAGCAACGGCUGCACCUGCGGGAUCUGCCACUCCUGGUUCCCGGAGAGGGACGAGUACGUCCUGCACAUGAAGAAGAUUCACGGGAAGGUGAGGGAGGAGCGGCAGGCGGCAGUGGGAUGAUAGCAAGGGUAGGGAGAUCGUCACCAGCAUCUCUGGUUUUAAAAGGCACAGGGAGUACCUUGAGUGGCACCUGCGAGUCAGAAGGGACAGAAUUUCAUGGCCGAGGAAACUCAUUCGUUCCUAUAAUGUCAUGCCCCUCUGUGUGCUCUGCUAAGAACAGAGGAACAGGUCUCUGCCCCGAGGAGGCUUACAGUCUAAAACUCAAAAGACACAGGAGGAAAAUGAAGGGGCUUGGGGAUAGAAUUUUAUUAUUACGGUCACAGACCAGUUCCAGCUCACUUACAAUAUCAGGAAAAUCAUAAAACACAACAGGAAUACAUUGAAAUGCAGUUGGAUAUAACAGACAAUUCAGAUAUAGCGGCAGUUAAAAAUGUAUAUUAAAUCUUGAUCACUAAAAUAUAACCUAAAAUUGUCAUUUAAAACCUUAAUCAUUUUGGUAGUACAGCCUGUUCCCUAAGUUUUAUGGCAGUUGCACAGAAUUUGGCCAGGGGCUGGGGGAUACCUCAAAAGGAUGACAACUCCCCUCUUUCCCUUUGCAUGGUACUGAAUCAGGUACGAGGCAGGUCUCUGCCCCUCCAAGAGCUAACAGGGAGUGGGAUGGAAGCAGAGGGGAGAAUUGCAGCAAAAAAGAUUGCCCUUGCGGAUGCUGGGUUUAGAGGACUUGAGGGGUUGGGCUUUGGGGCAGAGGUGCUGGUGGUGACAUUUGCACUUAUUUUGACCUGAGUUUCUUUCUGUGGCUUCUCUUCUCUGUGGCCCCCUGCCCCCCACCUCCACCCCACAGUGCGUAAAGAAGUUCCCCUGCCACCUGUGCGAGAGAUCCUUCUGCUCCUACCCCAGCCUCCGGAGACACGUCCGUGUGAACCACGAGGGCAUCAAACGUGUCUACCCCUGCCGGUAUGGAAGGAGCCCAUCCUCCUGGCCUCUGGGCUGGUUGGCGAGUCAGGCAGCACAUAGAGUGUGUGUGUGUGUGUGUCCACGCACUCCAUCUUUCCUGUGGGUGUGUUGCGCCCUCUGCUGCAAAAUCAGGCAGUAUGUGUUUAUGUUUGCUUCUGUGGAAUUGAUUCAGCUGCCCUGGUGGUAAGAUUUUAGAUGAUUUUAAGGUAAUUUUUGUCAAGGGUUGACAGAACAGGGAAGGGGUAGAGUGGAGACUGCUGGAGAUAUCCCCACCACGUCCUGAAGACAAUAAACUUGUUUUGGAAGCAAUUCAAGACUUCUCAGCACCCCAAGGUGAAUCCCAUAACUUGUGCAGAAUUGUGAAAUGCCCUCAGCUACGUUUGUCACAGAAGUCCUGACGAAAAGUACAGAACACACAGUGGGCAGCAGUGGGGUGAGAGAUGAUGCUGAGAGUGCCAGGCCCUGCCCCAAUGAACUUACAGAUCUAGAUUUUGUAAGGGGAACAGAAGCUCCUCAUCUGCACUCUGAGCUUUGCACUUCUCUUCCCAGCCUACUUCUGAAGCACUUUGUAAUGCAGCCACCACUGUCCAGAACAGCCUUCUGUCUGUUAUUUUUAUUUAUUGAAUUUAUAUAGCACCCUAUGCCCGAGGGGCUCAGGGUGCUUCACAGAAUAAAAUCAAGAUAUAAACCCACCUCCCUUCCCUUUCCAGGCCGGCACACCGUCUCUACUGGCCUCUCACUGCUCCCCCUUUCCUCCUCCUACCCCAGGUACUGCACGGAAGGCAAGCGGACUUUCAGCAGCCGCCUCAUCCUUGAGAAACACAUCGAGGUGCGUCAUGGCAUCAAGGUGACCGACGAGACCCGCAGCCAAGAGGUGCUGAUCACCCGCAUGGGUGCCAGGAACUCGCAGGUACAGGGGGUGGCAAAUGUCAGACUCGAUGCAAAACCACUUCCCAUGUUGCUAUUUCCCUGCAUGAGGACUAGAAUCUUGCUUUUCUUUUGAGGGAGGGUGGAUUCUUCCGUGACUGAGCCCUUGCCUGGCAUGCAGGGGACACUCCCUGUCUGAAAAUCUGGAGAGCCACUGCCGCUCACUGCAGGCAGUGCUGAGCUACACGGACCAUGGGCUGCCAUUCUGACAACAGAGUUAACUCUUAAUUUACAAACUCUAUGAUCCCUGCUGUUGCACCUGGUCAGGAUUGUACUGCCCAGUAGGGUUCAGUUCCUCUCUGCAUCCAGAAUCUUUGUCACACACCUCCCCAGGUCUACCCCACCACCCCUUUGCUCAGCCCUGAGGACUAGAACCAUUCCGCUGCCUCUUGGUUUUUAUCCGCAAAGAUGCUCAUAAUGUUAUUCUUGCUUGCAUGGCUAGCAGGAUCAGCCCUACGGCAUGCUAGACACCAAGCCUAUCUAUCUAUCUAUCUAUCUAUCUAUCUAUCUAUCUAUCUAUCUAUCAUCUCUCUGUGUGUGUGUAUAUAUACACACAUACACCCCAUAUUUUUCGCUCCAUAAGACGCACCUGACCAUAAGACGCACCUAGUUUUUAGAGGAGGAAAACAAGAAAAAAAUAUUCUGAACGAAGCAGUGGAUGUGUGAUUUUUGUGGUUCAUGCUGUGGCCACAGACAUGUGAUCUGAUGGUGAAUUUCGGAUGACCCAAUGCAAAAAUCCUAAGGAUCCAUGGGCUUUUACUUCCCUCCCUCCCAGGCAGCCUCCAUUAGCGUCACUUAUCUCUCUUCUGAUCCCAUCGAUCAGCUGUUUCCUUUCAACACUCCCUUCCCUCUUGUUUGCCUUAGUGUCUUUUCCUUAGCUGGAACAGUUUUUUGCUCCUCCUUUUCUUCUAAUUUCUCUCCUCAUUGCUUUAGUCUUCCUGUUUCCCCGCUUUGCAAGUUUGCUGUCUUUACCUCCUCCCUCCCAGGCAGCCUCCUUUAUCCCUAGGGUCCCUUAUCUCUCUCCCCGAUCGGCAAACGAUCAGCAGUUUUGUUUCAACACCCACUUCCCUCUUUAAAAAAAAAAAAAAAAAAAAAGGCAUGAGCUGCUUUUCGCCCCUGGGCAAUUUGGCUCCAGGGACUACUCAUUCGCUCCAUAAGACACACAGACAUUUCCCCUUACUUUUUAGGAAGAAAAAAAUGUGUCUUAUGGAGUGAAAAAUAUGGUAUACAGUGGUACCUCGGCUUAAGUACUUAAUUCGUUCUGGAGGUCUGUUCUUAACCUGAAACUGUUCUUAAUCUGAAGCACCACUUUAGCUAAUGGGGCCUCCCGCUGCUGCUGCGCCAUCGGAGCACAAUUUCUGUUCUCAUCCUGAAGCAAAGUUCUUAACCCGAGGUACUAUUUCUGGGUUAGCGGAGUCUGUAACCUGAAGCGUAUGUAACCUGAAGCAUAUGUAACCCGAGGUACCACUGUAUAUAUAAAAAUAAAGACUUCCACUCCCCUCCCCCCCAGGCGUCUGGCCGGAAGCGGAAGCUCUCUGACGAAGGGGACUCGUGCAGCGAGGAGCCGGACAGCACCACCCCGCCUUCGAAGACCCCCAGGGGCGACCGGAAGUUCCACUGCCGCAAGUGCGGCUACGUGGCGUGUUCGGCGGCCGACUUCCAGGAGCACAUCCCCCAGCACAGGACAGGGGAGAGCGCCCACCAGUGUCGCGAGUGCGGGCUCUGCUUCACCUCUCAGGUCUCCCUCAACCGCCACCGCUUCAUCACCCACAAGAAGAAGCGGGGGUCGGGCGAUGCGGGGGGCUCCAGCCCCCGGGGGGGCGACGCCGAGGAAGGCUCCCCGCCAGCCGAAGAGGGCAAGCUCUCCUGCACCGUCUGCGGCAAGGGCUUCGACACCCAGCUCAACCUCAAGACUCACUUCCGCACCCACGGAAUGGCCUUCAUCAAAGCCCGGCAGAACGUGGGGGCAGAGAACUAGUUUGGGGGGGGGGAGCAGGAGCGUGUGCACGGGAGGCUCUGCCUUGCCCCUCUGCCACCCAGGGACAGCGGUCGGAGGUUGAUCAGCGCCCCGAGGUCUGGGUGGGAGCAGUGAUGAACCCCCCCCCAAUGCCUCACUUCUUAAUAAGCUGUGAUUGUGAAGGGGGGCGGCAAGGAGCCUUAUUUAUAAGCAGCUGUCUCUGCUGUUGGCUUGGAACCUCGGUUGUGGGGUGUCUUGUUGCUGUUUUUUUUUAAACUCCUUCAGUCUGGGGUUAUACCAUGGGGCAGAAGGCAAGGAAGAAGCAUUACAUCUGGUGGUGCUGAGGAAUAGGACCCUGAGCCCCAGUGGAUUAAAGCUGCUGUACGCAGGGGUGCCUGCCUUGCCCUUGCUGGGAAGAUCUUCUUGUCAGCUUUGCUUGCUGGUCACUGGAAAAGGCAGGUGAAGCCUCGCGAUGCUUCUCCUCUUCCUUUCCUCUUCCUCCUCCCUGCACAGGGGCACUAACCCAUCCCAGUACAUGACCCCGUUGCGUUGCCCCCUCAGUGCUGCCACCGCCACCCUCCCUCCCCUCUGAUUUUGCCCCCUCCCACUCUUUCCACCACCCUCUUUUCUCCCCUCCAGGAUUUCCAAAAGCUUCCUGGGUUUUAGUUCUUCUCUUCCCUCCUCGAAAAGAGGGAUUCGUUUCAGCUUCACCUUUCCUGUUUUGUCGUCAUUUCUUUUUUUAAAAUCAUGUUCGCCGCUGCAGGACGGGAAGUCGCAAUUAGCUACAGGUUAGUGCCUCUGUCCUCCCCUUGCCUUUCUCAGUCGGAAUCAUGGGUCGAUUCUUCCGCCUCUCCGAAGCACGGCGUUCCCCUCCGCCCUCCUUCGCUGCUCAUCGUAAUACUGACUCCUUUUUUCGUACUCUAGCGCUACCCUUUCCAAACCAUUCCAAGGGGCAGAGUUUUAGAAAGCAAACCAAACACACAUAACCCCCAUCGUUAUUGGUGUUUGGCUCACAAUGUGUGUUGUGUGGAUGAGAAUCCAGACCAGGAAUGGGGGUUAUCUGGGGUUCCAGUCUUGCAACUCCCGUCAGCCCUGUGCACUGGGCAUGUUGGCUGCUGGGAAUUGGGAGUCCAGCAGCGUUUGGGGAGGGCAGAGGAUUCUCCAUCGCUGUUACAAUGGGCACUCGGUCAGCAGCCAUUGCCCCCUGCAUCCCAAACCUACCUGCCAAACUACGUGCCACCUCUUCCAGCUUUUCCCAAGGGGUUGAACGGAGAAUGAAAACAGGGGUUAGGAGGCAGAUGAGGCUCUGUGUCUUUGUGUGUCAGCUGAAGGGUGGUGGUGGGGACCUCCAGUGGGUUCAAAACGGGUGUGUGUAUCCACAGCGAUAACUUCCUAAUAUUUGGUGGCCCGGAAAAUCCAUUGAUGGGGAGGUGUGGACGGGAGACAGAGGGGAAUGGUUAAUAUUGCUUCCACCCUCCCCUUAACAGAAAACGAAAAGGCAGCUGUAGUGACCAGAUACAUGUCUGAUUAGCAACAGACCUACCCAGGUGGAGGGACACAGCUGUAACUUUUUCAGCUACGGCUGGGGGAUUCAAACGCUUGCACACGUCUUCCCCCGCCCCCUUGCAUAAAAUGCUGGUGCCACAUUCCUGCCCUUAAUUGCAAAAGGGUUAGGAAGGCAUCGCUUGACCCCGUCCUCAAUCCGCUGGGACGUUUGGGGCCUGUGCUCUUCCACCGCUUGUGUCCAAUUUCAGUGGGACUCUCUCAGGAGAGAAUUUUACGAUGGACAGUCCAGUCAAUCUCUUGAUUAAGGUCAAUGACCCGUGUUUAAAACAAACAAAUCAAACCUUUGUGCAAAUAUAUAACACACCUCUCCAUCCUCUCUGUUGACACUUAAUCAACUCUCUGUUGAUCCCCUGGCCGUUGGAUCAGCUGCGUUAAUCAUGUGUUGACAAACUUCACUGCCAAAGGGGGUGUUUGUCUAUAUCAUGCUGAUUUAGCAAUUAAUCAUGAUCUUGAGUGUCUGCCCUCACCCUCCCCAUCCAGAAUGAAGUCCCUUCUGUAGAUGAUCAUUCCAAGGUUUUGUGACCAAGAAAACAGCAUACAAUGCUGCCUCUUUAUUCUAACAAACGUUGAGCCUCUAGCUUCAUAUUUCAACAAAGGUUUGGGAAGUGGCAGGUUCUGUGCUUUAAAAAAACCCCUCCCACAAUCAGAUCAUGUGUAAAGGUGUGUGAGGGGGUACUUUUGUGCUUUGUCUAAAAGGAAACCAUGGAAGGGAGUCUCGUAGAUCUCUUUUUAAAAAAAAUAAUGUGCACAAGUGAUUAUUUUAGUAACUUGGAUUUUCUUUAUUUGUCUUUGACUCGUCACUAAUGCUUAUUAACCCAGCGUGUGUCCUUUAAACAAAUCUGUUAACGUACACUUUUUUUUUAACUAAAAAGAAAAACGAAAAAGGUAAUGAGUGUUGUAAUGUCCUGUUUCUGAAAAUAUUAGUUUGCACAUCCAUUAAAAUUCGUUUUGGGGAGAGAUAGAAAAGAGGGAGGCCCUAAAUUGUCAAAUGGUUAGAGUAGGGAGGAGGAGUUGACUGUGGCCUGUCUAGGUCACUGUUUCGCAAAAUUAAAAUAACCGCACUCCCCUCCUGAGAGUUUAGUUUUCCUGGCUUGCCCCUUCUCGGGUGAAGAUAAUUUGGGUGUAGUUUUAAUAAUAAAGUUUUUAAUCUUUGAAUUGUUUUUUUGCAGCUUAAAAAAAAAGCCUGUGCUAAAGUAAAAGAAAAAAAAAUAUCUGUACCCUUUGAAACCCUUUCACACACCCCUGUUGGGGGGCAGGUACCACACUUGGGUAAACACUGCUCUAAAACAACCUUUGCCAACCUUGUGCCCUCCAGAUGGCUGGGGGCUGAUGGGAGUUGUAGUUCACAACAUCUGGCUGCCUUAGGCCUCUGUCGCCUUUUGGCCAUAGGGUUAUUCAGAGAGUAAGCUGCAUAGCUAAAUAUCUGGAGGGCCACCAGCUUUCCAUUCCUGGGGGUGGCUGAAAGUUACGUUUCCGAUCUUUAGACUGUUUUAACUUUUUUAAUCCCAACCGUAACGCAUCACAGGCAAGAGCGUAGGCCAGAGAAAUGGAUGCUUUUCAUUACUGUGUUCACACUUGCUUAAGAAGGAAAUAUGGCUCUUCGUAGAACUGGGCUCCAUCUGGUUCUCCCCGUCGUCUCCUCCUCCUCCUUUGGCAGUGGAGUUGUAGAUUCUGUGGGCAGGAUGAGCAGAGCACUCUGCUGUUGUGACCUACGGAUCUGAGUUCAAAUGCUCCCCUCGCCCUCUCUGCCACAAUCUGCUUUUAAUGCCUUUUUCUCCCUUAGCACCAAAACUGGUUUGGGCAACCUUCCGCAAUGGGUCUCAACCCCACUCCUGAAUCUGCAUGUAAGUCAGUCUUCCAGUACCCAUUGGGAUCCUACUUCCUAGUAAACAUGCCAAGCAAGAGAGGCUGAGCGGUUAAGCGAAGUGAGUAAGAGGGUGUGGGUCGUCCGUGGUGCAACAGCUGCACGCUCAAAGCCCCAGAUAGUCAGUGGUACUUUGCACAAUCCUGCUGGGUGCAGAUUUGAGAGGUGGGAUUUCCACCCCAGCAGGGAUUCUGUUCUGUCUUCUUUGUCUCCUCCUCAAGUCCAGCUUGGGAAAUGCAGUGAAGAUCCAACAUAAGGGCUGGAGUGGGAGCCAUACAAUAAAUUCACAUUUCCCCCCCCUACAGAACUUCUGUAACAUCAGCUAUGUGAUUGCAGUCCUCAUAAUGCCUUUAAAAAAAUAAUCAUAUCCACUCUACCAUUAUGUGGGGGUGCUUUUUGGAAAUGAGAUUCUUCACCAGAGCAGAAUUGAGGGUGAUGAGGAAGAAGAAGAUCAGUACUGUUUAGUUCCUUCUCAUGAAUCUUGUAUGAUGAACUCAGCUUCCUAACUUUUCACCCGAAGCCCCUGAUGGUUCUCUCCCUGUCCCACUCCUCCUCCUCCUAAGUAAAACGUGUUCAUUUAUUUUAGGCAAUUUCUUGUCUCUGUUAAACACCUACUUAACUCAUCUUGCCCCCCCCCUUUUUAAUUUAAAGAAAAAAGAUUUUUUUUUAAAAAAAAGCUGAAAGUGUAAAUGAUGUUUCAUAGAACUUUCUUACCAUUUUAGGGGCUACGGAAGAGAAUCGAUUGCUUUGUAAUUAUUGAAGAUUGACUUCCAAACCUAACCCCCCCCCCUUUCCUUUCUUUUCUUACCUUACCUUGCACGCACUUCAGUGCCUUUAGGUAUAUCUUGUGGGCUUUUUAAAAAACAAAAAACAAAAAAAGAAGACUCUGAAUUCUGUAUAUUUGUUUUCUAGCAGGUGAAAAAUUACGGAGGGUCAUGGGAGGUUCGGGGGGGUCACGACUGUGAACUGAAUAUUAUGCUACAUUAAAAAAAAAAUUGGUCACUGAAAAAGUCUCUCAGGUUAACUCCUUUCACUGUACUGAUAAUGCAAUUAAAAACUUCUAGUGGUUUAACCCCU